AUGUCUUACGUUGGUGACGGUGACUACUGCUCGCUAGGCCAUCUGAGAGGUUUGAACUUUACUGGAUGGAGUCUCAUUGUGUUGGUGACUAUAUAUUACAAAUGGAGAUCACCAACACUAAAUAUAGGCUCAUAUUCGGUUGCUUUGAGCCCGAUUCUUGCAGUAUACUCCACUCUUUUCUACACAGACGUGUGGUCGACAUUCUUCAUCUUCACAUCCUACAUUUUUGCACUUAACCCGCCUUUUUCGUCUGAAUUUUUAAGUUCGUUACUGGCUUCUAUUCUGGGGUUUGUUAGCGUUUGGUUCAGACAGACGAAUAUCGUCUGGAACGCGUUCGUGGCAGCUGCUAUUGUGAGCCGGCGUGCUGGAGUAUCAGCCCACAGUAGCUCUUUUCUGAGAGAAGCACAACAGUUUGUGAUAUGUGCAUUUGAGAGUGCACAAUUGCUUGUACCGUUUGCCUUAAACUUUGGAGCUUUCGUCGCUUUUGUCUAUUGGAAUGGUGGUAUCACCGUUGGUGACAAGCAGAACCACGCUGUUUCAAUUCACCUUGUACAAGUAUUUUACUGUUUCACGUUCAUGACAGGUCUUAGCGUUCCCGUGUGGUUUUCUUGGAAAACUGUGAGGCAGUAUGUUUUGCGUUCAGUGGGAUCGCCUACGAGAUUUUUGUGGUUUUUGGUAGAGAUUCUGCUCAUUAACUUCAUCAUCUACAAGUUCACAGUGGUCCAUCCAUUUAUUCUGGCAGAUAACAGGCAUUACACCUUCUACAUCUGGAAAAGACUCAUUGAUCGCAAUACAUACUCGAAGUAUCUUCUAUCGCCGGUGUACCAUUUCUCCACAUAUGUGGUGCAGUCCAGCAUCCUGCGGGCCAACACACCACAAAGGAACCUUGGAAAAGACCUCACCACCUCCGGAUGUGGUAAAAUUAUGGCCUUGGUUUUCACUGUGUGUGUAUUGGCAACUAUCGUUCCAUCACCUCUCUUUGAGCCCAGAUACUACAUCUUGCCUCUGUCGUUUUGGAGACUUCUGGUCGCACAGAGACCCUCUUUGGAAGAAAAAUGGCGUCAGCCGGCAGAGUUCGUCUACUAUAUCUCCAUUUUAACACUGCUAUUUGGAAUAUUUCUGAAGUAUGAGUUUUCGUGGGCCACAGAAACGCAUCCCCAGAGAAUCUUAUGGUAA